ACUUGAUCCCACACUCCUCUGACUCAGUGAGAAGCUACCAGUUGAACCGCAAAUGUGAUUCACUUUCUUUAAACCCUUCUUUGAGCGAAUUACAUUCUCUUGGACAUAAAAGAAUGACAAUUUGAAUUAGUAACGAGCUACUUUGAUAGCCCAUGUGUUACAUCUUCUUGUGAUAAGUCAUCUUCCUGCCUAAACGAGUCUAUUAAGUGUGGCAUUUGGUGUGAGAGAAUUGUGGAGUGCUGUGUAUCCUAGCCUGUCAGUGUUAAUCCUGUUGAUAGCUGUGGAUACUUGUUGGAAUCACCUCUGACAGCUGCCCGUGAAAGAUGAGUGAGCGCUUCGAUUGUGACAACUGUAAGGAGUCGCUGUAUGGCAGGAAAUACAUCCUCUCAGAAGAAAACCCCUACUGCAUCCCAUGCUAUGAUACCCUGUUUGCCAAUACCUGUGAUGAGUGCAAAGAACUAAUUGGCCAUGAAGCUAGAGAACUGUUCUACGAAGACCGUCAUUACCACGAGCAUUGCUUCAGGUGUUAUCGGUGUGACAGAUCUCUGGCAGAUGAGCCAUUUACAUGCCAAGAAGAGGAGCUGUUAUGCAAUGAUUGCUACUGCAGUGAAUUCUCUUCAAAAUGUAUUUCCUGUGACAAGGUUGUCAUGCCUGGUACCAGGAAACUUGAAUACAACGGCAACACCUGGCAUGAAGGCUGCUUCAUUUGCCACACCUGUGAGCAGCCCAUAGGAUCAAAGGCCUUUGUGCCUGACAAGAGUGAGAUUUACUGUGUGCCUUGCUACGAGAACCACUUUGCUCCACGAUGCUUCCACUGCAAGAAGGCUCUGACCAAAGGAGGGGUAACCUACCACGAGGAGCCUUAUCACAAGGAAUGCUUUGUCUGCUGUGGAUGCAAGACUCAGCUGGCUGGCCAGCACUUCACCUCCCGAGAGGAAUCUCCGUACUGUCUCAAGUGCUUUGGGAACCUGUAUGCCAAGAAAUGUGCAGCCUGUGUUAAACCCAUCACAGGUUUUGGAGGCGGCAAAUACAUUUCCUUUGAAGAUCGCCAGUGGCACCAGAGCUGCUUCUCCUGCACACGAUGCUCGGCCUCGCUGGUUGGAAAAGGAUUCUUUCCCGAGAAGGCUGAUAUUCUUUGCCGUGAAUGUAACAGUGACUUGUGAAUUGAUUGUUGACUCCAGUUCCAUUCUUCAUAUACCUUUUUGUACAUUUAAGUUGCACCAGUCCAGCAUUAGGCCAUUUCAAGCACGGGUUGUAUCCUGGAGAUCUUUCCUCUGUAUACUUUCCUAGUGGUAUUUUAUACACUUAUUACCAUGCAGGAUGCCUCAUCUCCUCCUAGCAUCACUCUACAGAUAGAGAGGCUAAGCAACUCUUGACAAGAGUUUUUGCAGCCGGAUAUUUUCUCCUAAUCACAUCGCUGAAAUUAGUAAUUUCUGUUACUUAUUCAAUAGUGUUAAAGUUAUGCUUUCUAUCGCGACACAUUUAAGAUGCCAAAUAAGUAACACAAACUUCUGAAUGGUUUAAAAGGUAAAUGUUCAAAAAGUUAAAAACUCAACCCGUAGGGCACAAAAUGAUGCUAAAUAUGCUUCCCAUCACAUAUCAUCAUCCAUUGAGUCCAUGGAUAGAACGAGAUGUAUGCGUGACAAGCACCAUUCUGGUCCCAACCAUGCUACAUGCCCACUCAAACUAAGAUCAUAUUGAGCCAUUCAUACCUGAAGAACUCUGGUUUGUUCCCUAGACUGUGGUGAAUGUGUUCUUCUCAGUCAUGGUCACCUUACGAUGUUACAAUUGCAGAACCACAGCCAAAGAUACUGCUAGCUCUAAUACUGCUGGUCCAGAGCAGGUGAUCGCUGGUUGAAGCACCCCUGAGUAUGGAUAUUAAAUAAAGAUAGAACUGGACUGCCAGUUAUUUUGCAACCCUCCACCGCCAACUCCAACCCCAUCCCUACCCUCUCCUCCACAGCCUGACCAAGGUUAUACAAGCAAAUAGUUUGUCAUAAAGGUACUUAAGAUGGAAUAUUUUUCUUGUCUCUCCUGCAAGACACCAUUUCCAAUUGGUUGAAUGAAUAGUGAAAUCAUUGCCAUCACUAGGUAUUCACUCAGAAUGUGUUUUUCUACAUCGCUGACACCAACAAGGAGUGAUACUGGACAUUACACACCUUACACACAAGCGUGCAUGGGUUGGUGUGUAAACCUCCUGAGGAACCUGAAAUGCAGCCGUGUCCCAUAUCAUCCCACUACAUUUGGGCAAAUCAAUGGCAGCAGAACACAACAGAAUUGUUUGGAAAUGGGGAGAUGGAGAUUUUGAUUAGACAUCUGGGAGUAAUUAUUUAUGAAAAUGUUACCAUCCUUUCGAGCAGUUUUCAAGUGGAGUGGCUGAGGUGCAAACACUAAAUUAAUUUAUGAAACACACCAAUAUUGCAACUCAAAAGGCAGCCAAGUUGGUAUUCUGGAAGACUAGGAGAAAAUAGACUUCGCAACUCAAUACCCUUCCAGUUAUUUUUUAAACUGGAUACCCAUUCCUUGAUUGAUGGUAACCAGUGAUAUCAUUCCAUCUGUUACUCGUCAGCUGGUAUAAUUAACUCUGCUUCGCUGAUGAAAUCCCUGUCUCCGCCCACCAGUUAAUUGACCCGAUCUUUAAAUAAACGCAUUUUUCCACAGCCAGCCAUCCAGAAUCCACAUCAGUUCAUUUGCCAAUAACACAAUGGUUCAUUGCAGUUCUUAUUAGCAAGGCAUAAUAAACACCACUCGGAUUGCAGUAAGUCACAUGAAAAAAGUUGGCCGUGAGUGAAUUCUUGAAUUUGCGUGUUGCGCGAUUGGAUUGAACAAUUCCCCAGCUCUUAGGAUCAAUUAAUAGAUCACUCAAUCAAUGCUUGCCUAAUCUCUUCUCUAAAACUCUGUUAUGCGAAUAUGCAAUCAAGUGAUUAUGCCCUUUACACAUUGUGCAGCAGAUUGUGCCUUCUCUGCGUCCACCAAUUUGGAAGAUUCGAUAAAUUUGAAACAAAAACCUGGCCCGUUCCACCUGUUGGUAUUUAGCAAAGUUGCAUCCGACCUUGCAAGGUUCAUCAUCAUUCCUUUACCCGUGUGUUGUGAUGCGGCUCAGUGGGUUCAAAUGGGUUAGAAGUGCAUGGCUGCACUUGUUUUGAAGAGAUUUAAAGUUAAUAGUCCACCAUGAUUGGAAUGUUGUAUUUCACCCAAUGUUGAAAUUGGCACUUGCUUUUUUUCUUGUUUUGACCAGUGUCAGAGAAAAAGAGAGGGAAGAUGCUCUGUGCACGUAGGGUUUCUUUUCAUUUAAUGAAAGACAUGGUUACAACGCUCUACAAGCAGUAAUAUAAUAAGUAGAGAUGUGCAAUAUUAAUCAUCAAUUGGCUGCUUUGUCAAUAAUUUUAGAAGCAACAACUAGAUUUUUAUCAUCUGUUUUGGCCACAGAUAUGGCCCUACAGCAAUAUUGAACACUCUUCUCACUGAAACUAGGAGGUUUAUAUCUUCACUAGUUUCAUAAGAUAAGUUGCUGAGUUUCACUGAGAGCUGAUUCUAUCAAGUCAAUGAGUAAGUUACAUUUCAACUGCUCAGAAGUAGAUGGAUUAAAGGAUUGGAAAUGCAAACAUUGGUGCUGCGUCACUGGCUUCAGUCUAAAAUCUUACUGAGACGGAGUUCUUGUUUACAGAUGAGUUGAUACAAUUCCAAACACUUCAACUCUCUGAUUUAGAGGUUUGUAGUUUGUCAUUCAUAUGUCCAGAUAUAGUCAUCUCUUUUUUGUAUUUACUGUAACAAGUUUCCUGUUUGAGGAAUUCACAAUAGUUCCCGGUAAUUGUGUGUCGCAGUGUGAUACUUGAACAGUGGUUAAUCAUUAUAGAGACACAAUGGGGUGAGCCGCAAAUCACCAUAAGUAUUGUGGAUUUUACUUUGUUUCAUCAAUCCAGUGAACCUUUGAGCUUGGUUUGUCAAACUCUUCAAUUGAGCCCCUUGCUGAAGUGAUAUGGCCUAACUACAGGUAGAAGGGUUGGGUAGAAUAGUUGGUUCGAGUUGAUCUAUCAGUAAUGGUACUGCAGAAUGGUUUUCAAUGAAUGUGCUCUUUGACAUUGUUGCAGGUGGGAUGACUGAAUAGCAAAAUGGCUCCAACUAUCACAUACAACAUGGAAUAUUUGCAGUACUUUCACUCAAUACAAUGUUUAACAGCAAGCACAGAUCCUGUCAUGAUCUCUAUUCUAUUAGCUGACUAAGUUAGCCACAACAGUCCUGCACUCAAGAAGGAAUAAUUUGCCAUAAAACCGCAACAAAUAUCAGACAUCACCAGGUAUUUAGAAGUGCCAGCUGAGGACAUUCAGACUUGAUCGUGAUUUAUCAAAUACCAUUUACUUAAACUGACUUUGUUAUUGAGGAGAGACGCCUCAAAGUGUACAAAAUAACCUUUAAAUGACUUGGCUCCCUACAUGUAGAUCACAUGAACCUGGUAUGCUCCUUAUCCAACGAAUUCCAGAAGCCCAAAAGAUUUAUUACUAGUGCCCAAAAAAAACAAUAACCGUUGGCAGAAUCAAACCUCCUUCCACCACCCUGCGACCCAAAGCUAUGA